AUGGAGGGGGGACGAGCAAGCAAGAAGAAGACCACGGGGUUCACCGAGACAUACCCGGAGACCGUCAGCUCCACAGCUGACGUUGAAGUGUCCCUCUACCGGAAGUUCCCUGGUGUUCCUGGGCUGGCAGGGGGUUCACUAAUCUCCCCUGCGGCCCCCUCCUCCUUACACGCAGCGGUCACCCCCACCCGUCGACGUCACCGGACUACUUUCAGCCAGGAGCAGCUCGACCAGCUGGAGGCAGCUUUUGCCAAAAAUCACUAUCCGGAUAUCUACUGCCGAGAGGAGCUGGCCAGGGCUACCAAACUCAACGAGGCUCGCAUUCAGGUUUGGUUCCAGAACCGGCGGGCAAAACAACGAAAGCAGGAACGGGCCUUACUCAAACCAGGCACCUCCGGCAUCCUGUCUGUCUGCCCAAUGCCCACACCGCCGCCGCGACAGCACCAGUAUCCUCCCACUCUUGCUCCAAAUCAUCACCUGCCCCGCUUCCCUGCCACCUACACUCUGCCGCCUCCACCCCUCUCAACCGCCUCUGCCCAAUUUCCCUGUCCUGUCUCUCACCACUCUCAAGCCUCUCGCACUCACGAAAGCUGGUACAGCCCCUUGUGUGCCAUGGGUUCUCCUUCAACUGCUCCACCGCCUUCUGUGAUUUCGCUGAGUCUUGAUCCCAGCACCCACUGGAACUGA